AUGCUAGGGAAAUGGGUAAACGACGACUCGUCAUGUGAAUCGGGUCGGUUCCACCGGUUCUUGUCACUAGCGCGCACCGCGCCACCGAGUUCGAAAUGCAACUUUAACGUCCUCCCGGGUCUUCCAGGAAAAAGCCACCUGCAUCCUUCCUCUCUUUCGUUCCUUCGAUAUAGAAUUGGUGGGCAUGGGAUCUUGAUCGAACCCCAUGGUCCCAGAAACAUCUCCCAGCACGCCCGCCGCCCUCUAGGUCAUGACAUCAUGGCGCCCGCGCCCUCGCAGCGACAGCUCGCCGCUAUCUCAGUCACGGAGCGCGUCUGCUCUUCCAUCUCGCUGAUUGGUACCUUUAUUAUCAUAACUAGUUUCAUCUGCUCGCGCUCAUUUCGGAAACCGAUCAACCGCCUCGUGUUCUAUGCAUCUUGGGGCAAUAUGAUGGCUAAUAUAGCCACGAUGAUUUCGCAAUCGGGGAUCCACGCCGGGGCUAGGAGCCCUUUGUGCCAGGUUCAAGCUUUUUUGAUUCAGUGUCCACUCUGGUGCUGGGUCGCAUUGCCUUGGGACUACCUCCGCAUCGCUGUCUUCUACGGCCCUGUGUGGUUCGUCAUCUUCCUCACCUUUGCCAUCUACCUGCGCGCCGGGUCCGUCAUCUACAAGAAGCACCGCGAGCUGCGUAACCUCAGCGGUAUCGAGUCCCUCGGCUCUGACACCCAGCCCGAUGGCCCGCUCGUCACACACGCCGGGAUCCAGAUUACCAGCGAAAUCGCCUGCUUCGUGCCAGUGCACCGGUCCCUGUCGGCCAGGGAUGUCCCCACCCGCAGCUUUACGGCCUCCUCGUUUACUCCGUGCUCCAUCCCGCCCGAGGGCGGCCCGAUCGAUUCCUUCAGCAUGCUGCAGAACUUAGAGGAAAGCUCCUCACCUAUUCAGGACUCGUGUCGCCCCUGGCCGGACCCAAGGCCGCUCCGCGCAGAGGUGUCUGCCAAAGCGGCGCGGCACGAAUGCGGGGACUCAUAUACGCAGCGGCGGAAGGCCAUAGAGGCGAGCUGUGCCGCGUGGGCGUAUACGAAAUAUGCGAUGCUGUUCUUCAUCGCACUGCUUGUGACGUGGGUUCCCUCCACGGUCAACCGAGUAUACGCGUUCGCCCGCCCCGACGACUACUCGUUUGGGCUCUUCUAUGCAUCGAGUUUUGUGCUUCCUUUGCAGGGGUUCUGGAAUAGUCUUAUUUACGUCUCGAUUUCGUGGCCGGCGUUUAAAACGCUGUGGAGGGAUCUGCGAAGCCGCUCAACGGGGUUGCGAAAUAUUUGA